UGCAACAGGGUAUUAGAGUAUUUAAUAGGAACGGCUGCCGGUUCUGCAGCCAUAUCUGCCUGCAUUGACUCACUCUAUGGCGGGGCUAUACAUCACGCUAUGAAACAAACGUUCGGCACAUUUGUAGGCCAUGUGCCGGACCUCAUGGCCGCCGCUAUCACUAUAGCCAUGACUAUACUGUUGGCGACGGGAGUGAAAAAGUCUCUUAUGUUUAAUAAUGUUUUGAAUUUAAUAAAUUUUGGCGUUUGGGUCUUAAUAAUGUGUUCGUCAGUGUUUUUCAUUGACUUCGACAACUGGACACAACACGGAGGCUUUGCUCCAUACGGUUGGUCAGGUAUGUUGAACGGCGCCGCCACUUGUUUCUACGCUUUCAUUGGCUUCGACAUCAUCGCAACCACAGGUGAAGAGGCGGAGAACCCUCAGCGCUCGAUACCCACUGCCAUAAUCACGAGUUUGGUUAUAGCACUCACAGCGUAUACCACA